AGAAGUUACAAUUCGGACGAGCAAGGGUUAACUCUUAUCUCAGAUUAAAACAAGCCCUGCGCCGCUUACUCUCGCAGAUUCCUCCCGAAGCAACCUUUGUUAACUCUCUACGCCAAUCUUAGCGCUUAGACAUUCCUUUUGCUUAUUAUCAUUGUAUGUUUUCGUUUCUAUCUCAGUUGCAAUCAUGGCUGAUGAAAACAAUGAGAUAAGGGAAGAGCAAGAACAGCUCGCACCCUUUGAUCCAUCCAAGAAGAAAAAGAAGAAGAAGGUUGUGAUUCAGGAACCUAUUGAGGACUUAGCAGAGUCGUCACAGAUAGAGAAAUCUGAUUCAUUGCCUGUUAAUGAUGGUCUUGAGAGUUCAUUCACUGGGAUGAAGAAAAAGAAGAAGAAGCCAGCUGAAUCAAGUGCAUUGAACAAUGAAAGUGUUGAUGCUGGAGAAGAUUUGGAUGAGCUUGCUAAUGACGAGGAAGAGGGGGAAGAAGGAAUAGUUCUAAAGCAACGUUACCCCUGGGAGGGCAGUGAGAGGGAUUACAUAUAUGACGAGCUUCUUGGUAGAGUCUUUAACAUUCUCCGUGAAAAUAAUCCGGAGCUUGCUGGAGAUAGGCGUCGUACAGUUAUGAGGCCUCCUCAAGUUCUUCGUGAGGGGACAAAGAAGACUGUCUUUGUCAACUUCAUGGACCUUUGCAAGACGAUGCAUCGUCAACCAGAUCAUGUUAUGCAAUACUUGCUUGCUGAGUUGGGUACUAGUGGUUCGCUUGAUGGGCAGCAAAGGUUGGUUGUUAAGGGAAGGUUUGCACCUAAGAACUUUGAAGGAAUUUUGCGGCGAUAUAUCACUGACUACGUCAUUUGCCUUGGUUGCAAGAGCCCAGACACAAUUCUCUCGAAGGAGAACCGUCUCUUCUUUCUGAGAUGUGAAAAGUGUGGAUCUCAACGAUCUGUGGCUCCGAUCAAAACAGGGUUUGUUGCUCGUGUUAGUCGCAGGAAGACUUGAGAAAUUAGAAGGUGAAGUGAGCUUGUUAUGGAGUCGGAGCUAUGCUUCUCUUCUACUGCUUCUGUAUGAAUUUAUGGGUUGAAAUACUUGUCUUGUUUUUUUUUUGAAGUUGUUUGGGAAUAUGAUCAAGAAUCACCAGAUUAUGACUUGACUUUAAAAAAUGGGAUAGGAUCAAAACCUUUUACUCUGUCAGGUUCAUGUGGUCAACUUGAAGGUCGAUUUAGUAAAUCCAUGGACUUCUUUUUUGUGGCAA